UGUACUUCCUGUUUUAUUUGCGAUUGCUGUAUCUGGAAAAGCCACGUCAGAUUUGUAAAAAAAAUAUCUGAAAUCAUAAAGAACUGUUAAUUUGGUUAGAAUAAAGUAGUAGAUCAGCUAAUUUUGUGUUUUUUGAACCAUGGCGUCGAAUGACAUUGGCGACUGGUAUCGAAGCAUACCACAGAUGACGAAAUAUUGGUUUACUGGUUCCAUUAUUUUGCCUCUGGUUGGUAAAAUUGGAAUCAUCAGCCCAGUGUGGUUUAUUUUAAACUGGGAUUGGUUUAUCUACAAGUUUCAAAUAUGGCGUCCACUAACUGCUGUACUGUACUACCCUAUUGCUGGUCCUAAAGGCUUCCAUUUCCUGUUGAAUCUCUAUUUCCUGUACUCGUACUCCACAAGACUGGAAACAGGUAUUUUUGAUGGACGGCCAGCCGACUACCUGUUCAUGUUGCUCUUCAACUGGAUUUGUUUGACCGCUAUUGGAUUCAUUGCUAAUUUAAUGUUGUUGAUGGAUCCGAUGGUACUCAGCGUUCUCUACGUCUGGUGUCAGCUCAACAAAGAUCAGAUCGUCACGUUCUGGUUUGGGACCAGGUUCAAAGCCAUGUACCUUCCCUGGGUUCUGCUAGCUUUCAACAUGAUUAUAGGUGAUGGAGGUCUCUUUGAGUUAGCGACUAGUUCGAGCGUGUUACGCUGGAAGAAGUUAGCCGGCGGCGACCCAGGUUGUCGUGUUCGUGUGGCCUCACUUCUAGAUGCGACCUUUGUGCGGGCUUGUCUGAUGUCGAAUCUGGAUGCGGCGGACCACUUGUCACUGAGGGAUUGUCUGGCUGUCAUAUCUGAUAUGCUACCGCCGCUGGCCCAUCCACCGGUUUCAGCCAAGAAGGGUCCGGGUUCGAUGAUCGCCACGGAGGUUCCACCGGCAGAUAUCGGCAUUCGAUCGUUGGCUGCCACAGGCCCCCGUCGGUUUACACGGCUACCAGUAACUGGCCCGUGCGUAUCGUUGUUCCAGCAAGCAGACGGAGCCCUGAUAAACCGUGUAUUAAACCUUGACAGUAUUUACCGUGUCCAAUUGGUAUUGAUAAUAUUUAAUUUAUUUUUCAACAGAUAUAAAUAUUUCCCCAAUCGGCGAGGUGGUGUGGCCGGGUUUGGAAUGCCUCCAUCAAGUAGACGAAGACCAGAGGACGAUCAUGGAGGACGCCAUGCCUGGGGGCAGGGUAAUCAGCUGGGAGAUGAUUAGGUUGGGGUGGGGGAGAAGUCAGCUAGGUGAGAACUAGGUUGGGUAAGGAGUAGAACAAGCAGUAAGGAAAUACAGAAGCUGUGUCUUUGUGUGGAAGGUUAGCAAGGAGAAUUGAAUUCCAAAAAGAUAGACAAAAUAAUGUUGGAACUUUAAGCUGUAUCCUAACCUGACGUGGCCAUAAUGACAGUCUCCAAUUUUGAAAUUGUCACUGACCGUUGAAAUCGCCAAGUAAAACUUGUCUGAUUGGUUAAUAUAUGUUUGUCGCUCAUGUCAUGCACGAACAAUAGAAAACAAUUGUUAUACUACGUCAAUCUGUCGUGUCGUAUGCAUGUGGUUAAGAUGCAAGAAUUUAAAUCAAUGGUUUCUUUAAAACAAAUCGCUCGCAUCCUGCUAGGAUACAGCAUUAGGCAUGGUUAUCAUGUUGCAGAAUAUUUGUGCAAUAAGAAGAUUUAUAACCAUUUUAUUUUAAAACAUUUGUUGGUGUAGUCCUAUAUUUGCUGUACAUGUCAUAACUGGUAUAUCAAAGUCCAUGGUAUGUGCUGUCCUGGCUGUGGGAAAGUACAUAAUAAAAAAAACAUCCCUUGCUACUAAUGAAAAAAUGUAGCAUGUUUCAUCAGAAGACUACUUGUCAAAAUGACCAAAUGUUUGAGACCCAAUGAUUAAUCAGUCAGUGUGCUGUGAUGGUGUUGGUCAACAGCAAAGAGAAACUGGCCUGUCCCAAAGCACUAGUUGAAAAAUGCUUGGAGAUUAUUGGUGUUGAGCUUCAAAUUGAAAGACUUAGUGCUAUACAGCGAUGUAAUUUUCACCUUUUGUCAGAUUUUAGCUUUUAGGGGGGGCAUAAACUAAUUUGUACAAAAUAUACUGUAUUUGAUGUCAAAAAGUUACCUUUAUUUAAGCAUGGUAUACAGUUCUGAGCUUUUUAACGAUCAGGGACUCAUUCAACAAAACUAACUUAGCACUAUUAUCAUUGUAAAUACAUGUACCUAAAUAUUCAUAUAGUAAUUUUACAUGGCUCUUUGUCAACUUAACAUACUUGCUUUAAAAAGGAUAGUAAUAUAAGCACUUGGUGUUAUUUCUAAUGACUUGUGUAAAAGUUAGCAUUGGUAUAUUAUUAAAUAGAAUAAUGAAAAUACUUCAUUUUUAGAUCACAAUAUUUCUAAUGACUUGUGUAAAAGUUAGCAUUGGUAUAUUAUUAAAUAGAAUAAUGAAAAUACUUCAUUUUUAGAUCACAAUUUCUUCAGUAAAUUCUACAUUUUCUUCUAGAUAAAUCUUUCUUGGUAUUUAAUCACUGUUUAUUGAAUUGUUACACCAUACAGAGGCGAUCUGCGGAUCUGGAGGGGGGCAAGGGCCUGGCUCCCCCCCCUAAAUUUGUGACAGUUAUAUAUUUUAUUAUAUAUUCAUUUUCAUUUAUUUACAAUACCCCUCCAAACCUCCCCCAAAGUUCCCUUGGCAUUUCGCCUCAUAUCAUUGCCCCUCCCCCCCCCCCCCCCAAUGGAUUUUCUUGAACUGCCACUGGCCAUAUAACUAAAUAACUUAAAUUUGUUUUUGUUGGAAUGAUUAAGUUACUUUCAAUAAUAAGAAGAAUCAUUGUAUUGUCUUUAUGUAGUGUUAUUUGUUGAACUUCAGUAUACAUUUUCCACUAGAAUGCUAAACAGUAAUUUGGUUUUUAAUAUUGAAAUGAUUAUUUAUCAGUUUAACAUUCAGUGGAAUAAAUAUUUACAUUACAUUUUCAUUUAAACAUUUAUUUUUCAAAAAAUAAUUUCAAAAUGACAAAGACAAGACCUACAUGUAUUUAUGACAAUUAGGUGGUAAAUAGUAUUGUAAACGUAUAUUUGUGUCACUACAGUUAUUACUGUUUGAUAUGACUAAGUUACUAAUGUAUAAAACAGGCUUGCAGUAGUGCUUACAUUGUAUUAUUCAGGAUAUGUUGGACAAAUUUAAUAUUUUAGAUUGUCAUUCUUUCCACUGUGUAGAAAUUAUUUGGGGGGGGGGGGUUGUUGUUGUUUUUGUUGUAUUUUUGUUUGUAUUUGGGGGGGGGGGGGGUCCGAGUGGGGGACUGUUUCUAAUGAUGCACUCAGAGACUAAUAGUUCACCAGCAAAAACGUUGACCCAGUCAUAUCAUUGUAUCUGGACCCAUAAAGGUGAAUGUAGUGUGGAACUCCCCCCCCCCCCCCCCCCCC